GGUAACGAUAGGCCAACACAGGUGCUCUGAGCUCAGACACUGGAGCAUGCUGUCGGCGAGAACCAUAAAAAUAUUGAAAUACAACUCGUGAAUUAAUUAAAUAUUUGUUUUAUUAAGACAAAAUAUGCUGAAUUGAAAAGCAAAUGAUUCACUGUGUCUUCACGGCUUGGUAAACCAGCGAGAGUCACUGAGAUAUUCAGAAGGGACUCUUUGUAUAAAAGCACUGCACAAAACAUCAGAGGAAUACCUGAGCCCCAAAGAAAGAAGAGACAUGAAUUUAAAUGACUUCGUGGUGCUUCCUAACAACAAGGCCAAAUCCGUCAAACUCAAUGCCAGGAACCUGCAAGAACUGCAGAUGGAGACUGUGACUCUGGCCCUUGAGAGUAAAGAGAUGGAGGAGAAACUGCAACAGCUGAAGGAGAGCAUGAGUAAAGAGAAGGAGGAGAGAGGGCAUUCAGGAGGGUUUAGAUGGAAGUCUGGACAAUGUGGUCCUUUAAACAGCAAUGCUCUAACAAACAACACCAAGAAAAGGGUGGAGAACAGACUCCAAAAGCUGUCAGCAGGUAAGGUGAAGAUCCGAGUGCUGAAGGAUGAACCACUGACAGCCCACCCUCAGCCACCACCUCCACCUCCAGCUCCCACUGGUCCUCGGAUGACACGGAAAAGCAGGCUGAGGGGAACCGUCUGUGGACAGUGUGAAGUCAAAGUCGCUGGACUAAUCUGUGCUGAAUGCUCUGAGAACUACUGUAUUAGCUGCUUUUCCAGUUUUCACCAGAAGGGGGCACUGAAGCUCCACAGAAUGAUCCCCAUUCAGACAGGCUUACAGACCCAUGUGAGCACUCGAGAUGUUGCCAGUUACUAUCCCGGUGCCUUUACAAGUCCUAAUCCAAGUCCAGAUUCUAAAAUCAACUCCAAUCACUCUUUCACGUCCAAUGCAAGUACCAGCCAAGGAGAUCUGAGCCCGGAAAAAGGAACAGAGGCUGAGGAAAAACCUAUGCAACUGCACCCUCAUACUAGCCAGGUGUUGGUUGUGAAUCAUGGAGAGGAGAAAAAGGUGGAAAUGACUGAAGAGGGGCUGAAAAGAGAGGCUGAGAGGGGAACUCCCACUUCUCUUCUUAGCGGAGAAUACGAUGAGGAGGAGUCUGCAAGAUCUUUCCAGGAGGCUCUCAGACAGUGGAGAGGAGAGAGGAGCGAUGGAGCAGGAGAACCCACGAGGGAGGAAACAAUGUGGAUACCUGUCCGACCAGUAUCAGUGUCAGCUACAGCGACCCAGGCUGACCUACCUCCAGACAGAGAAGCUGAGGGACGAACAAGUGGAGGGGGACAAGGGAGGGUACAUAUCAGGGUGGAGUUCACGGAAAACAGUCUUACCUACAUGGACAGAUUGCUUCUCAAGAAGCACCGCAGAAGACCAGUUGAAACUUAUGAUAAUUCCUGGGCCUUCGGUCCAGAUUUAAAAUCACUCCCUACAAACACUGAGGACACUCCAAGCAGCCUAACAGCUCAGGAGGAGGAUUUUCGUCGCUACUGUGCAUCAUUGUUUGCUGUCCCUGUCAGCGGGGGCAGGUCUGAGGCUCAGAUUACUACACCUGAACCGUGCCUAGUCAUAGAAGUCCUGGAUGAGACAGUCAGAGACAUAAAUGGAAUCUUUGUUGCUGAACAGAGGACAAACAACAGCAGAAAGGUCCCCUUGUCUCAGAACAACAGCAACAGAAGAACACCGGUGCCCCAAACAGCUUUAACCAGUGGUGGGUCUUCAAGAGUCAGCCGCUCUUCUCCCAGUCCUAAACAAUUAUUUGGACAGUCCGGAGCACCAGCACAACCUAAAACAGCUCAGAAGCUCCAUUCAUCUAAGCUUCAAACUUCACAAGCAGGACACUCAAUGAAACCAUUACCCUCUAAAAGUAUUUCAUCAGUAUGCCCCACUGCUGAGACUCCAAGGACUUCACAGACAUCAAUCAAGACACCAACCUCAAAGUCACAAAAGCCCCAUUUGUCCCCCACUGUCCACAAAUCAAAAGGUGAUCAUGUGUCACCACAAGUUUUGUCCUCAUUACCACAUUGUCAAGCUGAGAUCCUUAAAUUCUCAUGCUCCCGUCCUGAUGUGUCAGCUUCGGCUAAUACCAUAUCACCAGUCCCAAAAGAGCACCUCUCCCCUUCUCCAUCCAUACCCGUCCCGCUUAGAUCUACGUUCACAGUCUCACCGACAAGCUCCACUGAGUCAACCUUACUGCCCAAAGUUUACCAUUCAACCCCAUUACUAAAAGGCUCAGACUCACCUCUGUUGCCAGAACAACCCCGAUCUUUCAAGUUAAUCCCAGAACCAAUCUCACCACUGAAGCUUUCUCAAUCACCACCAAGCAAUCUGGAGUCCCCAAAGCAAUCCCAACAUUCCUUGUGUGAUGCAGAGUCUCUCCUAUUAGAUAAUCAACUCCAGCUGUCUCAGUCUUCCAGGCCAAACCUGCAACCAAAAUCCCUGGGACCAAGUGUGUCACAAACAAAUCCUGUGCCAUUCAGGGCACCGGUAAAAACCCUAUCAAGUUCUCUAUUUAACAAGUUCUAUUCUGAUGCAUAUUCUGGAUAUAAUUCAACUCCAACAUGUGAGGAUUCUUCAGUUUUUAUGUCCUCUACCUCCAUCUCUGGUGACCACAAAUCAGCUCUGUUUCAUCAGGAUACACCGUGUAUCCCAUCACUUUCAUCACAUCUCUUAAAUGUCACUCAGAAUAAUCUUUUAGCUGUGAAAAUGGCAAAGGAAGAGGAGCUACCAAUUGACAGUGGAGAUGAAAUGUCCAGUGAUAGUCUGGGUCCGGCUCUGCACGAGGAAGGCUCUUCAGAUGAGGAAGCACGGAUGCAUGGACAUUUUGCGAGGGGGAGAACCAGAGAAGAAGAGCAAGGGAAUUCUGCCAUAUCUCAUCUACGAGAUUCCUUUGUUCCUACAGAUGCAGAGGGAGAGAGAGAUCUGUGGACCGAUGAGCCAGAACAACUGUCAGAAACAUCCAUGGUGAUGCACAGCCAGAGUGCUGGGUUUGGAUCAGAGCAGUUCUGUGAUCUCGAUGGGUUUUCCCCUCUGGGUCUGGAUUUGAAUUCUGGUCACUUUGACACACCAGAACACACACACUGUGGCCCACUGCACACAUGCCAAACUUCGCCACAUGACUCAGACCCAACAGGGUCAGAGUCUCAAGGACCAAGCAGCAGCCUUAGUCCUGACACUGAGAAACACCUGGUCUUCAGACUGAUGAAGGACAACCACUUGCAGCCAAGUGGAAUUCAAAUUCGCUCAACCACACCCACCAGGAGAGGAGAAAUAUCAGCAAAUGAACUAGGAACAUCUGGGUCGAACUGGUUUGGCAAGUCUACACCAACUCUGUCUCACCCUCCAAGGACAAUUCCAAGUCCCUCCCUCUCCCUCUCUCAUUCCCCAUCUCCUCCCCUGUCUGCCUGCCUGUCUCAUCCCACUUUGGGUGCAGAAUUGGAUCCAGGGUUUUUUUUGUUGUCCCGGGCAGCCCAAGAAAUCAUGGAGAUCUGUAGUGUGGACCAGACCGGCUGUGAGGACCCUGACCUGGACACCGACACCACUGCACACACACUCAACAGUCUCGAGCAAGAGCUAAGGCUCUUGGCCAAGGAAACAGGGAUGCAGGCUUCAGUAUUUGGUAUGGCAAACAGUGGAGGUCAAGCUCAGCAUGGGAAUCAACAUUUGACUCGGGACAGAGUCAGCGAGGAACAAAAGGAAGAGGAGGAGGCUGUACAGAGGGACCGGCAGAGUGUCCUCUUACUACCCUGAGAUAUUCUCACACUCACGCACACACCCACAUGUAUCGCUGCUUGUUAAAUAAGCCAAAGUCAGAAGAACUACACACAAAUAUACAUAUUUAUGAGUGAGUAAAGCAAUCAAAAACACAAAACAGGUGUAAUUUAAAUUGUGUUCGCACAGUGUAAAGGCUGAUGCAGAUGCCCUUUAAUCUCAAAGACUAAAUCUGCAUGGAGCUCUUGUUGGGCAAAUAGAUGAAAAUGUAAUGCUUUGAAAAACAUCGCUUGAAACUGAUUAAACUCUGUUUUGAUUUGAG